AUGGGCGAGGAAUCGAGACCAAUCAUCUUGAGAGCAAUCGAAUCGAUAUCUUCUUUGAUCUCACUCUCUCACUCAAUCAAAUCCUUCACCGUGAAAUGGCAAUUAAUACGGAGCAAGCUCGAGGAACUCUACUCCGGAAUCGCUUCCGUCGAGAAUCUAGAUUCCGGUUUCGACCCAUCUCUCUCCAGCUUGAUUAACGCCAUUCUGGGUUCUCUUAAAGAGUGUCACGAUCUCGCUUCUCGAUGCUUGAAUGUCUCGUACAGUGGGAAGCUCUUGAUGCAGAGCGAUUUGUAUGUUAUCUCCGGGGAAUUCGACCGUCAUGUGAGGAAUCUCUCUCUGAUUUACUCCGCCGGGAUUCUCAGUCAUGGGUUUGCGAUCGUUGUAUCGAAGCCGAAUGGUAAAGCUUGUAGAGACGACAUGAGGUUUUACAUUAGGGAUUUGUUCACGAGGAUGAAGAUUGGGGAUUUGGAGAUGAAGAAGCUAGCUUUGAUUAAGCUUCAUGAAUCAAUGGAAGAAGAUGAUAGGUAUACGAAGAUUGUUAUGGAAACUAGCGACAUGGUUAAUGUUCUUGUUGAGUUUCUGGAUUCUGAGGUUGGGAUUCAAGAGGAAGCUUGUAAGGUUAUGUUGUUGAUCUCUGGGUUUGGUUCGUAUAAACCUGUUUUGAUCCGAUCUUGUGUGGUUGGUCCUCUGGUUAGGGUUCUUGAAAACGGAAACGGUGUUGGUAGAGAAGUGUCCGCAAGGUGUUUGAUGAAAUUAACUGAGAACUCAGAGAAUGCUUGGUCGGUCUCUGCUCAUGGGGGAGUUGCGGCUCUGUUAAAGAUUUGUUCUUGUGGUGAAUUUGGUGGCGAAUUGAUCGCUAGUUCGUGUGGAGUGUUGAGGAAUUUAGUGGGUGUUGAAGAGAUCAAGAGGUAUAUGAUUGAGGAAGACAUGGUUUCUACUUUCAUCAAGCUUAUAGGAUCGAAGGACGAGAUUGUACAGGUGAAUUCCAUUGAUCUCUUGUCAAGUAUGUGUUGUAGAGAUGAACAAAACCGUGAGAUGUUUGUUAGAGAAGGAGGAAUCCAAGAGCUUGUGCUUGUAUCAGAUCCUAAUGCAUUGUCCUCUUCGAAAGCUAAAGAAAUGGCAUUGAGGGCGAUUCAUAACUUGUGUUUUGGGUCAGUAAGUUACUUGAAUGCACUGAUGAGUAGCCGUUUCUUAGAUCAUUUGCUGUAUUUACUGAGAAAUGGGGAAAUCUCUGUUCAAGACUCGGCGUUAAAGGUCACGUUCAGGCUGUGUAGUUUGCCGAUGGAGGUUAAAAGGAUAAUGGGCGAUGCGGGUUUUAUGCCUGAGUUAGUUAGAUUCCUUGAUGCUAAAUCUUUACAUGUCCGGGAAAUGGCAAGCGAAGCGCUCUAUUGCUUGAUCUCGGUCCCAAAGAACAGGAAGAAGUUCUUGCAGGAGGACGGUAACAUUAGCUACAUUCUUCAAUUGCUAGAUCAUGAGGAAAUGAGCAAUGAGAGAAGCGAUUUGGGUAAUACUAAGUUCUUGAUUUCGAUAUUGAUGUCGUUAACAAGGUGCAAUAGCGCGAGAAGAAAGAUUUCGGGUUCUGGAUACUUGAAAAGCAUAGAGAAAGUAGCUGAAAGAGAAGAUUCAGAUGCUAAGAAACUUGUGAAGAAGCUAUCUAGGAACAGAUUCCGCACCAUACUUGGUGGUAUUUGGCAUUCCUAA